GGAUCUCUCCGGCAACCACUUGACCGGCACUCUCCCCACCACCCUCUCGCGCCUCUCUGGCCUGUUUCAGCUGUUCCUCAGCCGCAACAACCUGAAUGGCUCAUUUCCUCUCUGGAUUGCAGACAUGUCCAACAUUGGGUGGCUAUACCUCAGUGACAACAGUUUCUCAGGCCCCCUACCUGCUGCUCUUGGCGGCUCUAAAAGCCUCAUAUUUCUUGAAAUGUCAGAUUCUGGCCUCACUUGCCCCCCAAAUGCUUCCAGCUGUGUGGUUCGGCAGAUCAACUACAGCGCCUUCUGCCAAGACUGCAAGGCAUUCUGUGCCACGUGCACAAGUGAUCAAU